AUGUUUGUGAACCAAGAGAUGAUUUUGAAAGAAAUGAUAGAACAAUAUAAUUAUAAAGACGUCUAGAACCUAGAAUGUCUUUAUCAACACCUUAUUUUGCAAAACUAAAAUAAAUUGAAUCAACUCAAAAUUGUUUAUCUCAAACAGCUCACGAAAAACAAAUUCUUAAUCUAGUUGAUAUUCGUUAAUAAAUUGUGUAAGAAAUGUUAAAUCAUGUUGCUAAUUGUAGUCAUUAAGAAUUAGUUUCAGCAUAAGUUAUGAAUGAAACUCAUAAUUUCUCAUCUUUCAAUUGGAUUAAUGAUUCAAAUAGUCAUUAUGAGAGUUGGAAUCCAUAAGAUUGUCACACACUCUAAGAAACUAAUUGUGAAAAAGGUAUGCAUUUAAAUGAAUGUAUGCGUUUAUGCUGUCUAAAUAUGGAAGCAUUUAAAUAUACAGAAUAA